GUUGAGCCAUCCCAAUGUAGUAAGAGCCUGUGACGUUCCCGAGGAGAUGAACUUUCUGGUCAACGACGUUCCUCUUCUGGCAAUGGAAUAUUGUUCAGGGGGUGACCUUCGGAAGCUGCUAAACAAACCGGAAAACUGCUGCGGACUUAAGGAAAGUCAAAUACUUUCUCUGCUUAGCGACAUUGGGUCUGGUAUCCAGUAUUUGCAUGAAAACAGAAUAAUACACAGAGAUUUAAAGCCUGAAAAUAUUGUUCUUCAGGAUGAAGGUGGGAAGAUUGUUCACAAGAUAAUAGACCUGGGAUACGCAAAGGAUCUGGAUCAAGGAAGUUUAUGCACUUCAUUUGUUGGAACAUUACAAUAUUUAGCUCCAGAACUCUUUGAAAAUAAAUCCUACUCAGUUACUGUUGAUUACUGGAGCUUUGGAACGAUGGUGUUUGAAUGCAUUGCAGGAUUUAGACCUUUCUUGCAUAAUCUACAGCCAUUUACCUGGCAUGAAAAAAUCAAGAAGAAGGAUCCAAAGCACAUCUUUGCUUCUGAAGAGAUGAAUGGCGAGGUUCGGUUCAGUACCCAUUUGCCACAGCCUCACAGUCUCUGUGGUUUAAUUGUAGAACUGAUGGAAAACUGGUUGCAACUGAUGCUGAAUUGGGAUCCACAACAGAGGGGCGGAGGUUUAGAUCCUGAAACCAAUCGUCCGAAGUGUUUCCUAAUAAUGGAUCGCAUACUGAAUUUGAAGAUAGUACACAUCCUAAAUAUGACCUCUGCCAAGAUUGUUUCGUUUCUUUUGCAUCCCGAGGAAAGCCUUCAUUCCCUUCAGAUUCGGAUUGAGUUUGAAACUGGAAUAAGUACUGGAAAUCAGGAACUGCUGUUGGAAACAGGGAUUUGCCUGGACCCUCGGAAACCUGCUUCCCAGUGUGUUAUUGAUGGCGUAAGAGGCUGGGAUAGCUACAUGGUCUAUUUGUUUGAUAAAAGCAAAACUGUCUACGAUGGACCCUUUGCUUCUCGGAGUCUGUCUGACUGUGUAAAUUACAUUGUACAGGAUAGUAAAAUCCAACUGCCAAUUCCUCAGCUGCGCAAGGUAUGGGCAGAAGCGGUUCACUAUGUGAUUGGGCUAAAAGAGGAUUAUAGCAGACUUUUCCAGGGCCAGAGAGCUGCCAUGCUCAGUCUUCUUCGAUAUAAUGCAAACCUAAUCAAAAUGAAAAACAAUAUGGUGUCAGCGUCUCAGCAACUGAAAGCAAAACUGGAAUUCUUUCAUCAAAGCAUUCGCCUUGACCUGGAGAGAUACAGUGACCAGAUGGCUUAUGGCAUAUCUUCAGAAAAGAUGCUCAAAGCCUGGAAGGAGAUGGAGGAGAAGGCCUCUCAGUGUGCACAGGCUGAAGAUAUUGGAUAUCUGGAUGAGCAGAUCAUGGCUUUGCACACAGAGAUUGUAGAGCUUCAGAAGAGUCCAUAUGCUAGGCGCCAAGGAGAGGUCAUGGAGAGCUUGGAGCAGAGAGCCAUAGACCUGUACAAGCAAUUAAAAACAAGACCUCCAGAUCAUGCCUACAGUGACAGCACAGACAUGGUGAAGAUUAUUGUUCAGACGGUACAGAGCCAAGAUCGAGUUCUCAAGGAGCUCUUCGGCCAUCUCAGCAAGCUCUUGGGCUGUAAGCAGAAGAUCAUUGACUUGCUUCCAAAGAUUGAAGUGGCUCUAAAUAAUAUCAAGGAAGCUGACAACUCAGUGAUGCAGAUGCAGGGCAAAAGACAAAGGGAGAUAUGGCAUUUGCUGAAAAUUGCUUGUACUCAGAGCUCUUCUCGAUCGCUGGUAAGCUCGAGCCUGGAAGGGACAGCCUCAACUCCAGCAGCCACAUGGCUCCCACAGAGCUCCUCAGGGAAUGUACCUCACCCUCUAUCAUCUAUGGCAACUCCCGAAGAUGGGUAAGAGCUGUUGGGAAAG